AGAUAACAGCACUGGCCGAAAAUUCAUUGGCAAUUUUAAAUCUAACUGAAAGGAAAUUCUAGCUGGCCAAGUGGAAAUUUGGUGUUUAAAUUAAUGUUCGUUAAUUAUUGAUAAGGCACUGUGUGUGGUGUUUCCAUCCAGCCGUUAUGAUCGUAGAAACAUAAGAUAGAAAUCGUUGCAUCUUGGGUUCAUUUGGAAUCAUCAUCCAUCAUAUCCAUCCCAGCCAUCCAUCCCAUCCAAUCCACCUGCUCGUUCGGUUCGUUUCGCUCCGCUCCGCUCAGAAUGUGCAGCGCCGCUGAGUCGGAUGCAAACGUGGCGCCAUCUAGCGAGCGUUGAACCGCAUUUGAAGCCAAUUUACAGGAAAUGCUGAAACACGCCUCCAAUGCGAGCAGUGCCUCUGCCUCCGCCUCCGCCACCGCCCCCACCACUACCACCGGCCCGCUGCCCGUGCCACCAGUUACACAGUACCAGCAGCAGUAAAACAACAACAGCAGCAGCAACAACGGGAACGGGAACGGAAGCAGUGGAAGCGGCAACAACACACCCUCCGUUCCAGUAGGGGUAGCAGCAGCAGCAGCAGUAGCAGUGGCAGGAGGAACAACAACAACCACCACGAAUGGCUCUGUGUCAGGCACUGCGGCAGCCGGGGCAGGUUCGCCAACACCCGCAGCAGCUGCCUUGGCCAGCACGGCACGCAACAUUCACCUGCGACCGCCACAGCCACAGCCCCUGAACAUAUCCGGUCUGAAUGCAUCCACCUGCAGCACGCUUCUGAAUGGCGGGUGCCGAGUGGCAAAUGCGGCCUCCAAUCUACUUAACAUUGCCAUGCCAACUACCCCCACGCCACUGAAACCGCUGACGCCACUGACGCCACUCACUCCCAACGGACACUGCAACAGCAAUGGGAGCCUGCACCAUCACACCUACACGAAUCAGCACAUCCUGGCCAGCAGCCACCAACAGCAACAGCAGCAACAGCAACAGCAGCAACAGCAACAGAUACUGCCGUUGCCGGCACAGCCGAAGUUGUCCCACUCCCUGAUGCAGCCACAAUCGCCGCAGCCGCAACAUCUCAGCCAACUGCAGCAGCACAAUUACAGCAACUGCAACAAUCUGACGGGAAAUCCGCCGAUGCUCCAGAAGCUGUCCAAGCCAGGACCGUCGCCUCGCGAAGCCCUCACCAGCCUGGGUCUGCUCUGCCUGAGUUCCCUGCUGCUGGCGUUGCUCUCGCUGAUCUUUCUGCUGAAGAUCUCGCCGAAUGGGCGCGAGGAUGCCCUGUCCAGGGGCGUGAGCAGCGAGGAUUUUAUCAUUGUUUACGACGUGACACUGGCCCUGUGCGCCCUGUCGCUAUCCCUGAAUCUCUGUUGCCUGCUCGUCUGCGCCAUCCAGUUCCUGUUUGCCGUCAAGCUGCGUUCGCCCGCCUUCGAGGGGCGCGACAACAAGUAUCUGGAGAAAUCGAGUGCCAGUCGCACGUGUGCGGUGAGCGGAUUCUUCAUCUCCAUUCCGGUAUUCCUCACCGGCAUCAUCCUCUACACCUUCAAUCACUUUCACUCUACGCCCGCCAUCAUCACCAGCGUCCUGAUCGGCGUGGGUAUCGUUUUUUGCGGCGGCGCCAUGGUCCACAAUGUGUUCGUGUGGCAGAAGGAGAAGACCAUUAGCUAUCGGAGCGCUCCGCUGCAUGGGACUCUUGUGGGAUCCCUGCCACACAACAUGUCGCUGCUGUCGGCAGCCCAGCUGCCUCUGCCGCUGCCACUGCCACUUCCCCUGCCGCCUGUACAGUUCCAUGCUGGCUCCCCGCCACCCCCGGCCCCGCACCAAAUGCAGCUGUACCAGGGCAACCAUGCCUGCAUGCUGCAGCCCACCUCGGUGACUCCUGUCUCACCGAAUCACUCGCACGGCAGCUUCAAUCCCCUGCUGUGCAACAACAUCAUGGGCGGCGGAGGUGGAGGUGGAGGAGGAGGCGGAGCCAUCAAUUCCUCAUUUCUUGUCCGACCGUCUACAGCAACACCACCCACGCCGAAGCCCCUAGGCGGGGGUUCCGGAAGCUGUCUGGUGGGUCGCGAGGCCAGCGGGUCAGUCAGUCCGGGCAUCCCACCCACGCUCGACAUGAGCAACAUCACAAUCUCGCUGCACGAGCUUUCCACGCUCGUCUAGACGAGCACACCCCCCCCCAUCCACUGAUGAAUCAGUUUUAGACUUUAGCUAGUAGAUAAAUACGUAGCCUUAGACGACAUCCAAUCCACCGUACAACGUUAGCCUGCUGCUGAUGCUGCUGCUGCCAAUGUCUGUCCCCUUCUUGCCGAUUUGCCUUCGUUUCACAAGGACAACUGCUGUAUAUAUUUGUACAUAUCUAUAUAUUCUUAAGUAUCGACUUGGAAGUGCAUAAAUGUAAUUUUAAUUUUAAAUUAAAAUU